GUUAAACAGAGUUUAUCAAAUUUACUCCCAAACUUUUUGUAAAAACUGGUAUGAACACAUAUGUUAAACAGAGUUUGAUCAAUAUUUCCAUAGCAAUGGGAGAAUGUGUUGUGUAGUCAUUCGCUGGAUGGAUGACGGAAAUUUGGAAGGUUAUUGAAACGUCAGGACGAUUCGAAGAUUUUAUGAAUCGAGAAUUAAUCAUAUUUGGCCACAGUUGACUUGGCUCAAUUCCACAAAACACUUUUUCCUAAGUUUUUAUAUCUUUAAACAUAAAAAUGGCAACUGCGAUCCAAGAGAGAACGAUUCCUCCAUUGAACACACUCGUUAAGUUUGAUAACCCCCUGUUGAUUGAAAAACAUCGUGAAAAGUCGACGAAAGAUACUUCAGCAGGAAAAGUCGGCAGUGCAGCAUGCAAAAUUCAGACAUCCCCUCCGACAGCCGACAUCAGACGAGAAACGAUGGAAAUUUUGAAUGCAAUAUUGCCACCGAAAGAAUGGGAAGAAGACGGUCAAACGUGGAUACAACAAGUUUCAAGCUUUCCAUCGACAAGAUUGGAUGUUAUCAAUUUGCAGGAACAGCUCGACAUGAGGUUGCAACAAAGACAAGCCAGAGAAACUGGAAUCUGUCCGGUUCGCCGUGAACUUUACACUCAGUGCUUUGAUGAAAUAAUCAGGCAAGUGACGGUUAAUUGCGCGGAACGCGGUCUCCUGUUGUUGCGAGUACGUGAUGAGAUAACAAUGACGAUGGCUGCUUAUCAAACACUUUAUCAGAGUAGCAUAGCCUUUGGUAUGCGGAAAGCGCUGCAGGCCGAACAAGGAAAAGAGGAUCUUAUAGCCACAGCCGAAGAAUUGAAAGUACAAAAAAUUGAGCUCGAACGAAUAGUUGCCGAGCUCAGACAAAAGUCUGAGCAGGCUGAGAGAAGAGCGGCCGAAUUACGAGAGGCUGAAGAGAAAAAACAUACGGAAGAAAUACAAUUUCUAAAGAAAACGAAUCAACAAUUGAAGACUCAAUUGGAAGGGAUUAUCGCCCCUAGGAAAUGAGCAGUCGGAUUAAAACUGGACAAAAAUUCCACAAGGAUUGUUCGUGAAUUAACAAUCAAAUUAUUUCCCGAAUUAAUGUAUGUUUAUCAGUG